AUGCUGAAACAAAUUUGUGAAGCAAGCAUAAGACAAAUUAAUGCUGAAAAAGAGGAACAUGAAGAGGAAAGAAGAACCAAAAGAUCUAGAGGUGAUGAAAGCAGUAAUGUUAGCAUCUCAAAUCGUACUCAAGGUACUGGAAAUACUACUUCAUCUGGAGAUAUAGAUGGCAUGGACCAUGACUUGGCUGAGGAAGGAGAUCAAAAUGCAAGGGAGACCUUCCAUGGAAUGAAUGAGACAUUUGCUAAUUUGAAACAAUCCCUAUAUUUCUUAUUCCUAUCUGAAGCCAAAGUUGAUUGUGAUAGAAUGAAAGCUCUUGCUAACUCCUUGAACUAUUGUUACACUAAUGAUGACAAAUAUGUUCAAGACCAAAUGAAUAUAUGUGGUCUCAUGGAUAUAGUCUAUACUGGUAGGGAUUUUACUUGGUCUAGUAAUAAAUAUGGCACCGUCAUAAGAAAAUCUAGAAUUGACAUGGCUAUAGGAAACAGUUACUGGUGCAUGAAUUUUCCUCUGGAUAAGUUGUUCCAUUUAGUUCAAGCUGGUUCUGAUCACUGUCCUAUUCUUCUUUCUCCUACUGUUAAUGACAAUCCUAAAACUUGGAGACCUUUUAAAUUCUUUGCCAUGUGGAUGAAACAUUUUUCUUUUAAAAACCAGUUACAAGUUGCUUGGAAUAAUGAUACUCAUGGAUCUCCUGCUUUUAAACUUGUCUCUAAAAAACAAAACACUAGGCUAAGAAUAUCUCAGUGGAAUAAAAUUGAGUUUGGUGACAUAAAUAGGAAUAUCAGUAAUAUUCAAACCCAACUGGAAAUGGCUCAGAAAGCUCCUAUUACUGCUGAUCAGCAUGAUAAGAUAAUUAGUCUCACUAAGAAUUUGGAUGAAUGGUUUGAUAUUAAAACUGAAAUUUAUAGACAAAAAGAGAAUGUGAGGAAAAAUAUUGAUUCCUUGUGUGAUGCUAAUGGUGUUUGGUAUGAUAAUAGAGAUGGCAUUGCGAAUUUGCUCAUUAAUCAUUUUGAGUAUGUUAGUAAAACCUCUACACCUUGCUUAUCUGAUACUAUUUUUGAUAUUUUGCCUACAAUCAUCUCUAACCAGAACAAUCUUGAGUUCACUAGGAUUCCUAGUGGGGAUCAAAUUCAUAAUACUGUUAAACAUAUGUCAGCCUGGAGUUCUCCAGGACCUGACGGUUUUCAGGUUGGCUUUUACCAAGCCAAUUGGGAUAUAGUUGGUCAUGAUGUUAUCAUUGUUAUUCAAAGUUUUUUUGGACAUGGUUUUAUGCCUUCUACUUUCAAUAAAACUUAUAUUUCUUUGAUUCCUAAGACUGAUAAAGCCAAAAGCCCAGUAGAUUUCAGGCCUAUAGGGAGAGCCAUACAUGACAACAUCAUUGUUGCUCAUGAAAUGAUACAUACUAUGAAACACAAAGAAGGAAGUAGUGGCACUAUGGCUCUAAAACUAGACCUAUCAAAGGCUUUUGAUAGAAUUGAAUGGCCUUUUUUAUUAGGCAUUCUUAGGAAAUUUGGUUUUAAUGAGAAAUUUUGUGGUUAUAUAGAACAGUGUGUUUCAACUACUCAAAUUGUUAUACUUUUGAAUGGUUCUCCUACUAAGUGUUUCACGCCCUCAAGAGGUGUUAAGGCAGCCAGAAAAGCUCCAAGUAUCACUCACUUAAUGUUUGAUGAUGACAUAAUAAUUUUUACUAAAGCUGAUAUGCAUAAUGUGAAUGGUAUUAUAAUACCUAAUACCAUGAUUGACAAAAUGGAUUCCAUACAAAGACAUUUGUUUUGGGGUCAUCAAAACAAUAGAGGUCACUGUCCUACAGGUUGGAAUAAACUUAGUAUCCCUAAACCUUUAGGUGGACUAGGAUUUAGAAACCUUGAGAAGUUUAACACUGCUAUGCUCACUAAACUUGCUUGGAAAGCUUGUAAUGAAAAUGAUUCUCUUUGUAUGCAGAUCAUUAGGGCUAAGUAUGACAAUAAUGGUAGUUUACUUCAUAUUGAUAAGCUUAAAGAUGAUUGUUCUUGGUUAUGGAGAAGCUUUUAUUCUGGUCUUGAGGUGGUUCAACAACAUUCCAUGUGGGUUGUUCAUUCUGGAACCAAAAUUAACAUUUGGCUAGAUAAUUGGAUUAUAGGUUAUAAUAGUCCAUCUGUCUCAGUAAUGCGACUUUCUAGUCUAAAUUCUUAUAGCUUGGUCUGUGAUCUUUUUAUCCCAAAUACUAGAACUCGGAAUAAUGAUCUUGUUGUUUCUUUGUUUAACCAUGAGACUGCUACAACUAUUCUCAAUAUGAAUGUUCCUUUGACUGGCCAAGAUUAUCUAAUUUGGAAACCAAAUAGAAAGGGUAAAUUUUCAGUCAAAAGUGCCUACAAUACUUUAUGUGUUGAUUAUGUCAAUAAUGCUAUAAGUAAUGAUAUUAUUCCUAAAGAGGUUUGGAAGAAUCUCUGGCAUAUGAGAGUUCCUCAUAGAGUUCAGUUAUUUCUAUGGAAGUGUCUGAAAGACAUAGUGCCAACUAGAGAGAAAAUUUCAGUUUAUAAACAGGAUAUAGAGAGUAUCAUUGUAGUUUUUGCAAUCAUUAUAUGGAAACCAGUUUUCAUAUCUUUCUAG